AUGUUGGGAGAUUAUGAGAUUCCCGUGUUUAAGCAUAAGUGGGUUCAGCUUGUUGAAGAAUUUGGCCUUGAAGAUAAGCCGUGGGUGAACAACAUGUAUGAAAAGAAGCAUAUGUGGGCUACUGCAUAUAUAAGAAGUAAGUUUUUUGCUGGUUUUAAAACUACCUCAAGAUAUGAAGGUUUACACUCAGUUGUGGCAAGGUAUGUGGGGUCCCAAUAUAAUUUGACAAAUUUUGUAGAGCAUUUUCAAAGGUGUGUUGCACACUUGCGCUCUAAAGAAUUUAAUGCUGAUUAUGAAUCUACACGUUGGGUACCCGUCAUGCAGACUUGUAUAGAGCUGCUAGAGAGAUUUACUGCUGAGGUAUACACUCAUGAAAUAUUUCUAUUGUUUCGGCCAUUUAUUUCUAGAGCUGGAUCAAUGCGGGUGUUAAAUAUAGAGAAUAACGAUGAUUGCUCAAAGUACAUUGUGUGUAAGCAUGGGAGGUCCGAUUUUCUGUGGACCGUUGAAUUUCGUCAAGAAGAAAGGAUCUUCAUGUGUUCUUGUUUAAGAAUGGAGUCAUUUGAAAUUCCUUGCAAACAUAUUGUUAAAGUUCUGGUUGACAAAGAUAAUUGUGAGAUUCUUCAGUCAUUAGUCUUGGAUAGAUGGACAAAAAAGGUGAAAUUAUCACUCAAUGAUGCAAGUGGGUUCACCAGGAAUGUUGUUGUUAUUAAUCGUCAAAGUGCCUUGAUGAAAUUUUUUAAACAAUUGACUGUUGUUGCUACUAAAGUCCCAUAG